CAGCAAUCAGCGCGCGCGGGUCCUGGGCCGCGGAGCCGCGUCUCCGGUAGACUGAGACGACCUGAAGUCCGGGGCUCUGCGUGGUGAUAAGGAAACCAAGGCACAGACAGUUUAAGUGACUUGUCCAAGGUCAUACAGCUUUUUUUCUUACAAGGCUAAGAAAAUCACAAGGCACAUGUCAGUGAAUCAGCAACAUCUAGAUCCAGAUAGUACUACAGAUGUGGAAGAUGUUACACAUGCUGAAGAAGAACUUAUUAAAAAAUGUGAAGAAAUGUGGAAAGAUAUGGAAGAAUGUCAGAACAAAUUAUCGCUUGUUGGAACUGAGACACUCACUGAUUCAAAUGCUCAGCUGUCAUUAUUAAUUAUGCAAGUGAAAUGUUUGACUGCUGAACUCAGUCAAUGGCAGAAAGAAACUCCUGAAAUGAUUUCACUGAAUGAAGAAUUUCUGGUAACAUUAGGAAAAGAAGAGUUCCAAAAAUUGAGACAUGAUCUUGAAUUGACACUAUCUACUAUUCAGUCAAAGAAUGAAAAGUUAAAGGAAGACUUAGAAAGGGAGCAAAAAUGGUUGGAUGAACAGCAACAGAUAUUGGAAUCUCUUAAUGUACUACACAAUGAUUUAAAACAGCAGGUUGUGACAUUUUCUGAAUCAAGAAUCUUUAAUGAGCUGAAAACGAAAAUGCGUGAUAUAAAGGAAUAUAAGGAGAAACUCUUGGUUACCUUGGGUGAGUUUCUAGAAGACCAUUUUCCUCUGCCUGAUAGAAAUGUUAAAAAGAAAAAGAAAACCAUUCAAGAAUCAACUGCACAGCUGAUAACACUGCAUGAAAUGUUAGAGAUUCUUUUAAAUAGAUUAUUUGAUGUUCCACAUGACCCAUAUGUCAAAAUUAGUGAUUCUUUUUGGCCACCUUAUAUUGAGCUGCUCCUGCGUAAUGGAAUUGCCUUGAGACAUCCAGAAGAUCCAACCCGAAUAAGAUUAGAAGCCUUCCAUCAGUAAAAAGAUGGUCUUUUUUUCACACAGUACUUAAAGAAUCUUGUCAUUUAAGGAUAAUGGAAACACUGAGAAUUACUUGGAUAAGGAACAUUAUUUGCAAAUCAAAGCACAUAGUCCAUCUUCCUUUUGUACUUAAAAUGACUCAUGCUGCCAUCCACUAUUCAUUUAAAAAUGGUCCUUUCGCAGUCAGUCAUUGCUUUGAUAUUUUCAACUGGGUGGACAAGAAUGCAAGUGAAAAAUAUUCUAGACUUAAUUAUUACAAAACUUUAAAUAUACCUUACUUCUGCAAUAUUCUUUGGAAAAUUCGUUGUUAAUUUAUGAUAUUGAUAAUGUAAUAUUUUUCUUUUAAAAUUUAUGACAGUUUCUUUUAUGCAUUUGGUUUCCAUUUGGUGCUUACAUCCUUUAAAUUUACAAAUUGUAAUGGAAAGUCCAUUUAAUUUGCAGGAGGUUUAAAAAUUGACUUAGUAUCUUAAUGUAGAAGGAAGCAUAAUUUUAAAGUAUUUAGUAAACCUGUUCCGUGUAUACUGCCAUAUUUCUAGAUUUGUUAAAAAUUGGAAGGUUAAAAAAACUAAUGGAUAAAGGUAGCAUGAAAGCUAUAUUUUAAUUUGUAUUA